UUCCCCUUUCUCAACAGUUUGGAGAUGGUUGUAACCAAUCAGAGCUGCACAUUCUCUGCACAGCCGCAUGUUUUGUAGAUCAGAGGUGAAACUAGUCUCAGUUUUGAGGAAGUGAAAGUCAAGCAGUCGUUGUUACUGAGAGGAAAAAUGGCGCAGCGAGGAAACCAACUGGACCAGGAGAAAUUCUGCUGUUCCAUCUGUCUGGAUCUACUGAAGCAUCCGGUGACUACUUCCUGUGGACACAGCUACUGCAUGAAGUGUAUUAAGAGACACUGGGAUAUAGAGGAUGAGAAAAGAGUCUACAGCAGCUGCCCUCAGUGCAGACAGGUCUUCACACGGAGGCCUGUCCUGAGGAAAAACACCAUGUUAGCAGAUUUAGUGGAGGAGCUGAAGAAGACUGGACUCCAAGCUGCUCCUGCUGAUCACUGCUAUGCUGGAUCUGAUGAUGUGGCCUGUGAUGUCUGCACCGGGAGAAAACUGAAAGCCUGUAAGUCCUGUCUGCAGUGUCUGGCCUCUUACUGUGAGAAACACCUCCAGCCUCAUUUUGAAGUACCUCCAUUAAAGAAACACAAGCUGGUGGAGCCCUCCAAGAGGCUCCAGGAGAACAUCUGCUCUCGUCAUGAUGAGGUAAUGAAGAUAUUUUGUCGUUCUGAUCAGCAGCCUAUCUGUUAUCUGUGUUUAAUGGACAAACACAAAGGUCAUGACACAGUCUCAGCUGCAGAAGAAAGGAGCAAGAAGCAGAGAGAGCUUGAGGUGAGUCGACAAAACAUCCAGCAGAAAAUCAAGUACAGAGAGAAAGAUGUGAAGCUGCUUCAACGUCAGGUGGAGGCUAUCAAUGGCUCUGCUGAUAAAACUGUGUGGCACAGUGAGAAGAUCUUCACUGAGCUGAUCCGUCUCAUGGAGAAAAGACGCUCUGAUGUGAAGCAUCAGGUCAGAUCCCAGCAGCAAACUAAAGUGAGUCGAGUCAGAGAGCUUCAGGAGAAGCUGGAGCAGGAGAUCACUGAGCUGAAGAGGAGAGACGCUGAGAUGAAGAAGCUCUCACACACACAGGACCACCACCAGUUUCUACACGACUACCCCUCACUGUCACCACUCAGUAAAUCUACACACUCAUCCAGCAUCAAGAUCCGUCCUCUGAGGCUGUUUGAGGAUGUGACAGCGGCUGUGUCAGAGGUCAGAGAUAAACUACAGGACGUCCUGAGAGAGAAGGGGACAAACAUCUCACAGACAGUGACUGAAGUGGAUGUUUUACUGCCAAAACCAGAGCCCAAGACCAGAGCUGAGUUCUUAAAAUAUUCAUGUGACAUCACACUGGAUCUAAACACAGCACAUACACGGCUGUUAUUAUCUGAUGGGAACAGAAAAGUAACAGUAAUGAGACAACAUCAAUCUUAUUCUAGUCCCCCAGACAGAUUCACUGAUUAUAAACAGGUCCUGAGUAAAGAGAGUCUGAUUGGUCGUUGUUACUGGGAGGUGGAAUGGAGAGGAGGAGUUCAUGUAGCAGUCGCAUACAAGAAUAUCAGCAGAGCAGGGAGCUUAAAUAAAUGUUUGUUUGGAUACAACGACAAAUCUUGGGCGUUCGAUUGUUCCAACAACAGUUAUAACUUUAUGAACAACAAUGUCAAGACUCGUGUCUCAGGUCCUCGGUCCUCCAGAGUAGGAGUGUACCUGGAUCACAGAGCAGGUAUUCUGUCCUUCUACAGCAUCUCUAAAACCAUGACUCUCCUCCACAGAGUCCAGACCACAUUCACUCAGCCUCUACAUGCUGGACUCAGGGUUUAUGGUUUUGGAUCCACUGCUGAGUUGUGUAAACUGAAAUAGACUUUCAGGGACAGAGGCUUCAAGUCUGUGUUUAAACUCUUAAACUUAUUUAGUCUUCAUGUUUGUAGCGGAGAGCUCAUUGUUGUCUCUCACUGCACACAGAUCACCUGUCAACCAAACAUUAGGGGCGGUACUUCGAAGUCUAAAUAUCUAUCGUUGGGUUUUGAGGGGGGGUUUUUUAAGAUGGAGCUCCUUCCUGUGUCUGUUUAGCAGUGGAGGCUAUCUCUACUCAUGAUGAUGUUUGUUCAGCAGAACACUGUUUUUCUUUUUUUUAAUGAAUCCCUCAUUGUAAUUUCUUUGUAGUUGAAAUCAAACUUUUUGUAUUUCAGGGUAAAAUAGUUCAUUCAAUCCAAACUACUUCUUCUCUUCUUUUUGAGAUAUAUGUUGUUGCUGCACUUUGUGUAAAAGAAACCUCUGAUCAGAUUGACUGUGAUUAGUUUGUCAGACAGAAUGAUUAAAAAAUUAAAGCAAACAAAAAAACAAAGACAAAUCAAAAGAAUUUGUACAUUUCAAGCCAUGUUUCAAAAUAAGGCAACUAACAAAUAUCAAAGUGAGAUGAGACCAUUAUUGUUUGAGAUAUUUCUACUCACUAGUGAAAAUGUAAUACUUUAACUGAUACAUGUACAUUUUGAAUGCAAGCAUUGAAACACAACUUAUUAAAUAACUAAAUAUGAACGUCAUUCUUGUAAUCUGUACAGAGGAAUAAUGUAAAUAGUCCUUCCACAUUCUUCAAAUCAAUUAACAAAAAAAAUGGUUAACAUAUGAACCUAAAUGAUUUCAUGCUGACAAUAUUAUCAUGCUGACAAUAUUCUCAUUAUGAAUGGGGGGAGGGGCAAAGAAGAGAAUUGAAAUUGAUGUUGCCUACCUGUCCCACAAUAUACAGAGAUGGAACAAGAAACAAAUAUUGAUACCUUUAAAUGUAAACUGAAAAAUAUAUCUAUUCAGUCUAGCUAUUGUGAAUGGUUUUGUAAUUUUCAUCAUUAUUGGUGUGAAUUAGUCUAUUUUUAAAUGAAUUCAUCUUUGUAUCAUUUUUAGCCACAUUGUUGUUUUUCUUGUUUUUCAAUAACUUUAAAACACGUUGAAUUGUAUAAAAGUGUGUUAUAUGAAUAAAGCUUGAUUGAUUGAUUGAUU